AUGGAUCAGCCGGCGGCAAAGAAGAGAAGGCUGGCUCCUAAGACCGAGGUUCAAGCCAGUCCUCCGCAUCCGCCUCCAUUCCCCCACGAGCCUGCGCCGCCCGCACAGCUUUACCAGGUCCAAGAAGCGCCCCCACCGCCCCCAGAAAGACAUGAGUUCGAGUCAUUCGCGAGGCAUCUGCAAGAUGCCGCUAUGCUUAUAUAUCGUCAAACCCAAAAAUCACCUUACACAAAGACUUCUGUCCUUAUUCUACGAUGGGAAGAAGAUAAUGCUGUCGAACACGACCUUGCCUCCCUCGAUCAAGUCCUCUGCGAUCGGUAUAAUUACCGCACCGAACGUUUCAACAUACCUACAGGUUUAAAUCCCAGUGUUAAACUCGGCGUCUGUAUGGCAUCAUUUCUUGAAAAUGCAGCACCCGAUCAUCUAUUAAUAAUAUACUACGCGGGCAUGGCUAUGUUGAUGCGGAUAAUCAACUCUACUGGGCAAGUCGGAUCCGUUUCCGUUAAUAAGGCAUCGGCGAAGGACGUGGAAGACGGCCGGAUGCUCCUCGAAGCCCGAGAAGUGGCUGCAAGUACGCCGGUCGUCCGCCGGCAUGAACUUCCUAGCCAUUCUCAGCUACGACCGGAGACACCCAUUCGUCUGGAGAGCAUGGGCCGGCUUGAUCCCAUGACCCUACCGCAGCCAUCUGGUACCCCUGGUAUAGCAUAUGCUAGCUCUAGGCCGGGCACCGCCAUAUCCAAAAAUGACGUCGAAGAUUCAGCUGAGAUGCAGGAAGCUGCUGAACAGUUGAAGGCUUUAAGCCAUGUUCGGCCCUUGAGCAGCGAUAACGUAUCUUCAACUCACGUACAAGCUACGCCUACAGAAAAUACGACGACCACUCGUCGUGAUGAAGUCUCGCCCAUGAGGCAAAUGAAUCUGGCGCAGAUGAGACUCUAUACAAUCCCGAAUUCACACCGCCAUCCGCACGACCUAAACAGCAACGGCGAUCGCUUCAAAAGCAAGCGCCAAAGCAGGAGACGCGCUGUAAUCACUGUAGUCAUCCCCCCUUUAAAGACUAUUCAUCGCUACCACUUUUGGGUCUAA